AACUUUAACGAAAUCAUGAUUGGGUUAACUUAAAAAUUUUUUUAGUUGGCAACUGUGGCCAAAGUGAGACCAAAUUACCAAAAAAAAAAAGAAAUAGGGGAUGUUUUUAUGGCCCGACCGACUUAUGCUCAUCUCUAAGUCGAACAUUUGUUUUGGAUUAUUCAAAGAAAAAAAUCACGAUUCAUGAUUUAAGUUAAUAUAAUGCUGCCACUGGCUGUUAUAUUGGUGUAUCUGGACAGCAAGGGUGAUCGUCUACUGUAUCGCUAUCCAUAUCAGACAUUGGGUGAGGAAGAGCCCGAGGAAUGCACCAACAAAAAACGCAAUCCCUUCGCAAUUUCAAACACAGACGACUUGUUGCAGGCGACCACGCACCAAAGUCAUGCUCAUGGACAUUUACAAGGAUUUACGGAUGAUGUGUUCUCGGCGUUGUUUGCUGUUAAGCCACAGCUGUGCAACCAAAAGUUCGAACUGAAGCUCAACGAUGUGCGUUUUGUUAGCCAUCCUACACUGGUACCCGCCGCCAGCGCUACCAGCACCUCGUCCACCGGUAUGGGUGCGGCCUCUACUGUGGGGGCGGGUGCUCCCAAAAAACAGCAAAUGCUUAUUAACAUUGUUUUUGCGCUCAACGCGCAAGCCAGUUAUUCCAUUGUAAAGUGUUACCAUGAGCUCAGCAAACGCCUGGGCCUGGCGCUAAAGUUUGAAGAGCAGCGUGGAUACAUAACCGAGCAAACUGCCUGCAUGGCACGCACACAUGAUGAACAGCAGCAAUUGCAGACGCCGCUAGAGCGUACAUUCGAGCUUAUUGAGGAACGCUGCAGCUUGGCGCAGGCGCUAAAGUCGAUAUUCAAUGAUCUGUGCACAACGGGACUGCUCAGCACCACACUCAAUCAGAAUUUGACGUUGACCUUUUGUCUGCCUGCCAAAGCGCAUCAGUUGCACAAGAAAGGCAGUAUGGUGGAUCCGGAGACCAUUGACCGUUGCCUGCGUGCACUUAAGCCAUAUCAUGGCAUGUUGCUGCUGGUGGACUUUGCCGAGCUAUUGGACUGUGUGCCGCCGACGGGUGCCCGCAUGCUCUGGCAGCUCGUUGAUGCCUACAAUCCGUUGAUCAGCCUGCAGAGCAUGGCUUCCAAUGCGGAUUUGAGCAUUGAGCAUGUAUACAAGUUGGUAUCACAUCUAGUCUACUGGGCUAAAGCAACCAUAAUUUAUCCGCUUUGCGAGACAAAUGUUUAUGUCAUAGCACCAGAUGCGCCACUGUAUACCAAGUCGCAUCUGGUGGGGAAGUUUUCUACGCGAUUUGCGGGCAUGUCGCUGUUUGAGGUUAUAUCCGACUUUUCACUGCCUACCUCCAUUGGGCAUCUUACAACCCCUCUGCAACAGCCUGCACGUCAAGGCAUUCUCGCCCAGAUGGUGCUCUGGAUGCUGCAGCAUCAUCUGCUCAUGCAGCUUCACACCUAUGUGCAGUUUAUGCCUAGCGAUGCUGAUGAUGAGUUCGCUGACUCUGCCUCCUGCGCGCAGGCAGAAUUGCCUGGAAGCUGUGGCAACUUAACAGAGGAUGAGCACGAUAGACUACAUGGAGGCUCAUUGCUAAGCAUGUCCAGUCAACCGCUGCCCAUGCCUGCUAAUGCGCUACGACGCACUAUUUCUGAAGAUCACUAUUCACUGACCUCGGAUAACAUUGCCGUACAGCCCUCAUCCAGUCACAAGUCAAACUUUAGCAUGACUGCCUCUCUGAGCACAGACAACUGCGGCAGCCUCAAUUCAAUAGAAGAUGAGCAGAAGCUAAAGGAGUUGCUGCUAGUGUUUAACGAUGGAGAUCGUGCUGCCAUACGCCGCAUACCCGCAUCCUCCAAUGUGGACGACUUGUCGCUGCUCUGUAAACUUUAUCAGAUGGGCUACUUUAAAAGCGAGCAUCAUUUAGAGGAGAUUAUGUAUUUUGAAAACUUGCGUCGCUCACAACUACUGCAGCUGCUGGAUAAAUUUCGAAAUGUCUUAAUUAUUUACGAAACCGAAGAUCCCGCUGUAGCUUCCAUGUAUAAAACAAAAUAGUUAAAAUUUAUUUAGUACGUAUUGUUGUCUUCUAUCUGUACACAUAUAAAAUAUAUACAUAUAAAAGAGUU